AUGUUGUCAUUUUUUGUCAUCGUGCUCCUAAUCGCCUCCACAGCGCCGUAUCAAGUGUUGCAUCUCGCCGAUUUUCAUUUGGAUGUGAAUUAUUCCAUUUACGGAGAUAAUCAGAAAAUGUGUCACGAUGACGGAUCGAAAACAAAUAAGACACUUGGACAGUUUGGGGAUUACAUGUGUGAUUCGCCAUUAGAUCUUGUUGUAUACGCAAUAAAUGAGGUUUAUCGUUUAUUUCCUACUCCGGACUUGAUUAUUUGGACGGGGGACAACGUGGCACAUGUUGAUGGAUAUGGAUGGGAUACGGUCAUUGAUGCUUUAAAUAUUACCACCAGCUUGAUUUUUCAAAAGUAUCCUGGAAUCACAAUUCUUCCAACAUUUGGGAAUCAUGAUUACGCGCCUGCAAAUGGAUUCGUGAGCGAUUCAAAUCUCUAUUCGAGAACUUGGGAAUUUUGGCGCAGCAAGCUUGGUGAUGAAAAUCGGGACACAUUUUUCCUCGGUGGUUACUACAAAUAUCAGCUGCCGAAUGCAACAGCCGUAGUUUUGAAUACAAACUUAUAUUACAAUGUGAAUAAAGCCUAUGCUAACUUCACAGACAAAUCAGACCCCGCUGGACAAUUCGCAUUCUUAGAAUCAGAACUACAGAAUGCAGAGAAUUGCCGAAACCGAGUAUUGGCAAAUUGCUCCUCUACAGUUCAUAUUAUUGCUCACAUCGGUCCUGGAGUUUUUGAGAGAACACCAAAUUACACAUGGUUCCGCGAUGAAUACAACGAGAGAUUCCUGAACUUGACGGUUCGAUAUGCGAAAACUAUCGGAUGGAUGUUGUUCGGUCAUCAUCAUACGGACACUUUUCAUAUUGUCAAGGAUAACGAUGGUAAGCCAGUACAGGUUGCAAUAAUGGCGCCAGCUGUUACACCUUGGUUUUCUUCGCUACCGGGAGCUGGAUCAAACAAUCCGGCGUUCCGUAUAUAUGAUACUGAUGACUUCAAGACUCUAAAUGACAUGCGCACGUAUUAUAUCGAUCUUGACAAGCUUAACAAGAAUGCAAAUACGACGUUCAUGUAUGAAUAUUCAUUUAAACAUGCUUACGGCAUUAGCGGGAAUUUAACGCCAACUACAAUGAACAAUCUUGUUGAGCAAUUAAAGGUCAACGACUCGCUAUUCGAGUCUUAUAUUCAAUUCAAUUCAGUGUUCUGGAAGUCGGAGAUCCCAAAGGAUGAGUAUCGAGGUGCUCAAUUAUGUUCGAUGGAAUUUAGCGACUAUCCACGAUAUCGUGAAUGCUUGUCGAAAUAUUCAAAGUCGACUCAUCGAUCUUCGCUAUCAAUCUUCUCCCUAGUGACGAUAAUUAUCAAUUUAUUUGUUUGA